AUGACUAUCACCACGGCAGCUGGGGAAGCUCCGGGAAGAGACAAGGAUGAUUCUGAUGCAACCACCUCGGUCGCUACCGAGACUGCGGCUGGCACUACUACGAUCGAUGCUCCUGCUGAUCCUACUACUAUCAUGACGUCCCCUCAACCGGUCAGUACGCCCGCUGUGACCGACGAGGUGGCUGUCACUACUGCACCUCCUGUGACUGGCGAAGUGACCAUCAGCACGGCACCUGGGGAGGCUCCCGGUAGAGACAAGGAUGACUCUGAUGCUACCACCCAGGUCGCUACGGAGGCUGCGACUGUCACGACUACGAUCGGUGCUCCUGUUGAGCCUACUACUACUAUAACGUCCCCUCUUCCGGUCAGCACAGCUGCUGUGACCGAUGAGAUUGUUGAUACUACUGCAGCUCCUGUGACUGGCGAAGUCACCAUCACCACGGCAGCUGGGGAAGCUCCCGGUAGAGACAAGGAUGAUUCUGAUGCUACCACCCCGAUCGCUACUGAGACUGCGACUGUGGCUACCACGAUCAGUGCUUCUGUUGAGCCUACUACUAUUAUGACGUCCCCUCUACCGGUCAGCACAGCUGCUGUGACCGAUGAGGUCGCUGUCACUACUGCGGCUCCUGUGACUGGCGAGGUGACUAUCACCACGGCAGCUGGGGAAGCUCCGGGAAGAGACAAGGAUGACUCUGAUGCUACCACCCAGGUCGCUACGGAGGCUGCGACUGUCACGACUACGAUCG